AUUCCACCAUAGGGAAAAGAAAUAAAUUUCAACUUCAAGGGAAGCAAAGGUAUAACUGUUCUUUGCACAUGUCUUUCAGUUAUCUGACUUUUAUUAAUCGAAAUAAAUUCCCUACCGAAUUUAGGGGGGGGGGGGGGAAAUGAACGAACGAGAUCGAUCCGAUUGACAAUAAUUUUAAUUUCUCGCUCGGGUAGUAGCUGUAAUAUUUAUGAACCGCGGUAGAUAAUUAAACGUGUGGAAAGUCGAUUUAAUUUGAUCGAUAAGUUUUUUCCCUUUUUUUACGAACGUUCGUCGCCGACGACCCGCACAUUUCUACUAGUUGUACACUCCCCCAUGACGACAACGACGACGAGUGAAUUCGUAGAUCGUAGAGCGUAUGAAAAAAAAAAGGAGAGAAGGAAAGAAGAGCAAAAAAGUAGAAACUGGGUCAAUGUCAUCGUUCUUUUUUAAUUUUCUUUACUUUUUUUCAAUAGGCAAGCUGCGUAUGUGUCUACCUGCAUUUCGUUAACUUGAAUAACUGCACUUUAAUGUGUUAUUUCUGAUUAAAGUGUAUCACGCUCUGGUGGUCUGCACGGUGGCCUGCAAAACCCAUCAAAAGACAGAGAAGAGGGUAUUAUGUUGUACGUAUGUACGUACAGACUCAAACCGUGUCUGGUAUUCAUUUUUACGAGGGCAGGAUUGACCUGGUCAAGUGUACGUGCUCCUCAGCGUAGUAAAUCGAUUGAUCUACAAAUGCGGAUUGAAACAUUCAUCCACAUCGGGUCUUCAGGGGAAAUUAUUCACCCUUUUUACCUAGAUAAUACGCUACACGUAUUUAUUUAUGAUCGAUGAAUUAUUAGAAAUAUUAUGUAACCAUUCUUAGAUGUACCGUAUACGGUAUAAUAUAAUUUCGCGAGAUUUUUUUGUCUUUUGUCACCUUGUACGAUGCAAAAUAUCCCAACAGCUGACGGGGUAUCCGUUCGUAUUGCCGCAUCACUCUCUCAGGUGACGGGAUUAUUAUUAUCCCUGUUAUUUUUGAUUAAUUUUUUUUUUUUUUUUUUCUUUUUCAUCUAAUUGCCGUUUCUUUCGGCUUCAUGCAUUAGAUGGGGAGAAUUCGCACUUGACAGCGUUGCCAAUUUUAUAAAUCGAAGACAGGUUUUCCGUUAUACUAGUAUACGUACGUAACAUAUACAUAGCUCGUGCCAUAGCCAAUGGUCAGACAGAUUUUACAGCUCGUUUUAGUAGAUUUUUUUUAUUUAUUUUUAUACCAAUUUUUUUGUUCAAUUUUCAGCAAAUCUGCGACGUUUUUUAGGAUCUAUCUUUUUUUUUUUUACAUAUACAUAUCACAUUCAUAGAUCCAUGAACUUUCAGAGAAAUUGAAAUAUAGAUGAAGGUAUGUGAAUUACGUAAUAAAAUAUGAUAAUUCGUAUAAAAAUGCAGUUCAUACCGCAGGUUUAUAGGAAUUGCAGUGGGGAACAAAUUACAAAAAAAUCUAACGGAAGCUUUAUUAUAGAACGGUCGGUCAAUAUAAGAAAAAGGAAGAAUGGGAUGGAGAAAACAAAAAAAAACUUCAUAUAAUAUGCACCGGCCUCAUAAUGCAGUAGCAAUUUUAUAUUUUAAUUUAUCCACGUGCGGCGUAUUAUCAUCAUGGUUUUAUCGCGUAAUACGUAUACCUGUGUGGAAUUUAAUUACUCCCACGUUUGCGCGGUAUCUAAUGUGUACGAUAAUUAUAUCCUACGCCCGUACCGAAUUAUUUAUAAUAAUGCAUAAUAAUUUAAUCGCCCUCCUCACCCACCCCGUAUGCAACAGUACAACCAUCGUUACAACCGUUAUAUAGAAUUAUGUGUAUAUUUAUGAAAUUAAAUAUUACGCCUCGUCAUUAGUAUAUCAAGUGAACGAUACAACGCUGAAAAUUUUGCGGAGAAUUGUCUUCUCUUUUUUGUUUUUUCCUCCAAAAAUCGUCAUCGGAAUCAAUCGAAAUGGUCGGAGUUUUUUUCAUUCGAAAAAAUUGUUGCAACGAAAAAAUGAAUGGAUAAAAUAUAACGGAAAAUCGAAAGGUAUGGGGGGAAAAAUUUGUGAUAAGGGUCUUUGAAAUCGAUUCAGUUGACGUGAAGUGCACCAUAGUGUAAUAGAUGUGUACGAUAAUUACGUACCUAUUACUCUGCGUGCAUUUCACCGAGAGGCUGUAGCGUUACGGACGACAGAUAAAAUUAAUGGGAAUGAUGAUGAUGAUGAUGAUGAUGGUGAUGAACGGCUAUCGCGCGCGAGCUAAACUGAGCAGAACUGCGGGCGCGCGCCUUAAGAGUAAAAUUUUUGCCUCCGUGUUUCGUAGUAAUUCUCGCUUCACAAAUGUGACGAUGCACAUCCUGCGACGCAUCCCGUUCGUCACAAAUGGAUGAAAUAAGAAAAAAAAAAUAAAAAUAAAUAAAAGAAAUAACGAAAAAGAUACGAGCAAUAAAUGAUGCACUUUAGAGACACUCGAUACGGGGAGCGAUGAUUUUAAACGUCUUCGCGUAUCUGCAGGAGGAAAAAAAGUUUCUCGUAUUCAAAUUUUUUGGGGCACGGGGUUACGGGCAUUAACGGAUUAAACCGGGGGCGUCGGUUAAUGUUAAUGGAUUUUGUAUAGCUCGCAUCAAUGUUCGAGGUGUUGAAAAUUUUCUGUCCAAAAUGCUCCUCUUAUGUUUUAUGCUAAUAUCGAAAUAAGUUCGUACGCUGAAUAUAAAACGAAAGGGGUAGAGUAAGAGGUGAUGUGUCCGAGUGGAGGACUGAUACGUUUGAUUCUUCAUAUCUAGAGCCUUAAAAAAUGAAAGAGGGAAUAAUGGAGGACGUUGUAAACAUUCUGUACGUGCUCAGCAACCGAUGUAGCGUCUCCGACCACUUGAUAUCGAAAAUAAUAAAACAAAUAAACAAUGAAAGCGAGUGACCCCAAAUGAUUCUUCUACUCCCAUACAAAAAUUAUUGCACCGAUUUAUACAGGCCGGACGUAUAAAAGGUAAAUUUGGAACCAACGAUCGAUCAGUCGAAACGGAACUUUUAUAAGAAAAUCAAGUGGCUCUAAUCGGAGUUUUACUAUGCGGCUGAUCCUGUCCGUUGUGAUAUUUAAUUUCCUCGUAUUCGAUUCGCGUUCCUUUGUACUUGGAUUAAACGGUCGUUUGAACCCGGAGGAUCCUGUUUUAAUAAAUUUCAGAAAAUUAGAUAAUUCGACGAGAAUGAGACAGAAGAAUUAUUUACCUCCGGAUACAACGACGGAGAAGUUUUUACCGGAAGUUAUCGACGGCAAAUCGUCUCCUCAAAAUCUUCAAAUUUCAUCGGGCUCUAAUUCUGUCGUGAUAGACAGCGUUACAAAAAUCGAUUUGACGAAACCUCUGACCACCUCCAAUGACGAUUUUCAAGGACAGUUGCUUCAAGAUCGGGAUAGAGACGGCAGACAUUUUAUUUAUCCGAUAAUUCCCGGAAGAUACUCGGGAUCGAGAUCGGCGACGAUUCCAAAAAGCACUCCGAAAUCGCAAGGAUCCGAAGUCGGUUUGAGUUCCGAUGCCAUUAGGGUGAACGAAAUGUCCUGCCGUUACUCCGAACAGGACAUUUAUUUCCGGGCGUCGCUGGUACCUUUCAGAAAAUCGGAUCAUCCUGUGGUGGAAAAUGUUAAAAAUGAAGCCUGCAGGAUCGUCAAGGUCAAGGCUGAGUACCGGCUAAAAUUUGAGAAGGAUAAUUUCUGGGCAUGCGGUGUAACGGAUUGCUCGACCGAAGCCGGAACGUUCUUUUGCUUGACGAUUCGAUUCCCUACAAUAUCCGGACUGAGAUUGAAGGAUGAUAAUACAAUCACUUUGCAGUGCAGGACUCAAGAUAAAACAGCAUCUCGAACUACGCAAAUUAACGUGAAGACGCUAAACACAGCCGCGAGAAUGGCACCCAGAGUUGCGGCUGGCGGUUUAAAAAACGCUUUUCAAACGGACGUUGGACUUUUCAGAAAAUCAUACGGUUCCGAAAACUUGUUUGAUCAAAAAAUCAAUCCAGGCGGCACGGUGGUACUCGGAGAAGAAAUUCUGCUCAGGGCUCUCGUCAGGGAUGGAGACGGCUGGAAGUACUCCAGGAUUGGGGAAGUCAAUGUCCAGUACAUCGAGACUCGUUUACAACCUCGAGUGAUGAAUAGUUUAUGGAUUUUGGAUUCAGAGGGUUGUAGGAACCCUGAGAUCCCGGAAAUUUGUCCUAACGAUCAGUACAGGGUCGCUCCGCUUGAAAGUUAUUUAAUUUUCGAAGCCUUUAUGUUUGAAAAUAUGAAGGAGACCGAUGAAAUGAUUCUCAGUAUCAAGGUCACCGGAUGCCUCGAGGGUCAAGACUGUGGUAUAAACUGUCCUAAGGAUCAUCUCAGACGAUCAAGGAGUAUCGUUGACCAUCAGGAAAAAUUAAAGGCCAAUGUCACCGACUGGAGAAGAGAUUUCGCUUUUAAGGUAGUCAGAAAAUCGGCGAAAGCAGAAACUUCAGCGUCGAAUGAGGGGAUCGAAGAUUUGAGAAAUGUACUUCCUUAUUUCCUCACACUCUUUGUUCUGGUCAUCAGUGUCUGUCUACUUUGUAUGAUGAAGAAUUUGCUGAAGCAGAGAAAUUCAUUAGGAAAAUGA